CACAUGACCACCAGCGUGAAGCCCAGUCUGCCUGUGCGUGUUUGGCUCCUAUUUCCGCGUUCACCCACACCGACUGAAUGAGUCUCUACCAACACCGCAGCAGCAGCAGCAGCAGCAGCAGCUCUGUGUCUGCCGCCUGACGCAGAGAAACCGCGUCCCCGUGCGGGCAUCGUCGCCCACCCGCAUCGCUCCGCCGUCCGCAGCAGCCAUGCUCACGCGGGUGAAGACGGCCGUGGCCAGCCUGAUGGGAGGCGUGAUGGCCGGAGGAUCUAACGGAGACCAUCCCGGCGGCCCGGAACUGCCGCUCAAAUUUCCGUACAGCAGACCGGAGUUUCUGGGUCUGUCUGCCGACGAGGUCGAGUGCUCGGCGGAUCACAUAGCGCGACCGAUCCUGAUCCUGAAGGAGACCAAGCGGCUGCCGUGGGCCACCGGCUACGCGGAGGUGAUCAAUGCUGGGAAGAGCACCUUAAACGAAGACCAGGCCUGCUGCGAGGUGCUCAUGCUCAAACGGAGGCCUCUGGAGAGCUCAGGGCCAAACCGAAACCCCGCAGCCCGUCGGAGGUCUUCCCUGCCCAAUGGAGAGGGCCUCGGCCUCCGGGACGGCAGCGAUGGCUCAGAGGAUCUUACCUUUCACUACUGGGCGCUGUUCGACGGCCACGCUGGUUCUGGAGCUGCCGUCAUGGCGUCUCGUCUUCUCCAUCACCACAUCGCGCUGCACCUUCAAGAGGUGAUGGAGAUUCUGUGCACACCCAACCUGCAGCCGCCCACUUGCCUGGACGAGGAGCCCGUCAAUCACCUCCUGUCCGCAACGUCCAACCGUGCCCUGUCCAGGGCCGCGUCGCUACGAGGAGCCGCGGGCGCCCCGGGUUCGCCCAGCGCCCCGCCACCAACGCGCUUCUUCACCGAGAAGAAAGUUUCGCAAGAAAGCCUGGUUAUCGGAGCCAUAGAGAACGCCUUCAAAGACAUGGAUGUGCAGAUCGAGAAGGAGAAGGCGUCCUUCAACAUCUCAGGAGGCUGCACCGCUCUAAUGGUCGCCUGUCUGCAGGGGAAGCUGUACGUCGGCAACGCAGGGGACAGCAGAGCGAUCAUUGUGCGAGCCGGGGAAGUCAUUCCCAUGUCCUCAGAGUUCACGCCGGAGUCGGAGAGACAGCGGCUGCAGUUUCUGGCGUACAUGCAGCCACACUUGCUGGGGAACGAGUUCACACACCUGGAGUUCCCACGGCGGGUGCAGAGGAAGGAGGUGGGGAAGAGGAUGCUGUACCGGGACUUCACCAUGUCGGGAUGGUGGACGUCCUCGCUCACUCUCUACGCCUCCUCCAUCUCUGCCAGUCGGGCCAGAGGGGUAAAAAUCUGGCGGUGGAGACUUUUAGCUGUUGUUGUUGGCACGGGAACCGGGCGGUUUCGUUUGCACAGAACGAUGGACGUUGACCGAAACKAAUCCCGGAACGUGGCCGAGYAACUUACGCCUCUGAUCCUUUUGCAGGCUCGAGUGUUGGCGACCAUCGGGGUCACGAGAGGCUUCGGGGAUCACAACCUGAGAGUUCACGACUCCAACAUUUACAUCAAGCCCUUCCUGUCCUGCUGCCCAGAGGUCAGAGUUUACCCCUUAUCGCAGUUCGAGCACGGAGCAGAUGACGUUCUGAUUCUGGGAACCGACGGCCUGUGGGACGUCCUCUCUAACCAGGAAGUGGCUGAAGCGGUCACCGGUUUCCUGGCGAACUGCGACCCAGACGACCAGCACAGGUACACAAUGGCCGCUCAGGACCUGGUCAUGAGGGCGCGUGGGGAGCUGAAGGACCGYGGCUGGAGGAUAACCAACGACAGGCUGGGCUCCGGAGACGACAUCACCGUCUACAUCAUCCCCCUCAUGUACGGGAACAAGCAGAACUAGCAGAGGAACAAGAGCUGCAACCCAAAAGUUUUCCUCUUUUUUUGUCUUUGUUUUGUUGUUGUUGUAAAGACGUGCGGAUUUCCGGAAGGAUCCGAGUCGUUUCUUCUUCUCCGAACUUGGAUUCCUCUUUGUUGUAAAGAAGAAAACGAGAAACCAGACAAUGAAUGGAACUGCUGAUGACUUGAUUUUUUUUUUCUUUUUUCUUUUUUAAGUCUUGAGGAAGCCAUCUUUAACUUGGACUCUGUGGCGGACGGUGCGGUGACGUGCGUCUCAGGACCGCUGUUACUUCACGAUGCACAAUAUUUAUCAAUGUGAUGCUUGUAAAUACCAGCACAGCGUUUGACAAAAGUGGGAUUUGUGGAAUAUUUGUAUGAUGCACGAGGAAAAAAAAAAAAAAAAAGGUUUUGGCACUGAAAUGGAGAAAAGUAAAAUGUCAACUGAUACGGACUCUGUCAGCCAGGCCUCAGAUAGCGUUUUGGUGAACUAGACUUAGCAGGACUACAAUUCCCGGCCCGGGUUCGACUCUAAUCAAAAAAGAAAGAACAAAAGGCCUCUUUCUGUUGCACUUUGAGAACUUUCUGUCUUCCUCUUCCUCAUUCCUUUGACUAACAGGUGCCUCUGACACGAAUUGAUCAAAAUGUUUUUGUUUGUUUUUCAUAAAGUACUUCUACAUGACGCUGACAGCUGAGUGGACAAUCACCUUCCAUGUCUCUACAAUCACUAUGUUGUCGUUAGAUCCGGUGGUUUCUCUGUGUUUUUGUCCAGGUUGAGUCUUGUGAGUGCAACGCAGUACAGAGGAACUUCAACUAAAGUGCCUUGCAAAAGUAUUCACACCCCUUGAACCUUCUUGAAAUGUUAGUGACACAAACUUCACUGUGUUUAAUGGUGAUUUUUUAUUUUUUAUUUUUUUUGUAUGUGUGUGCUAAAUCAUCACAUAUCGGAGUAUAUGUGAACAUAAAUUUUUAUCUCUUGCUACGUAUUCCCACUAAUGUUUAUGUCUGGACUUUGACUAGGCCGUGCUAGCUCCAGUCUCAAGUCUUAASCUGUGCGUGUACAUUUUGCCAUUGUUGAGCAUGUUGAAUAUUUUUUAUUUAUUGACGCCGACAGCAAAUUGCUUCUGAAGCUAGUCGGUGGCUGCUUAAGUUUUAUUUUGGCUUAUGGGGAGUAAAACAUGUCGAAAAACAUGUUUGAUAUAUUAAGUUUGUGUUUGAAAUGUGACCAAAUGUAAAAAAAA